GCCCAUUGAAUUCCGGCCCCUGACCUGAGAUUGCGAUGGCAAAUACAGAUUACUCCACUUUUCUUCAUUUUCAACCUCUAAUAACUUGCUAUGUCUCUCCGAUUUUCAACUCCUUGUGUUAAUUCAAGGAUUUGUAGUUUCAUUCCCUUUGAUCAAACCCUAGGAUCUUCAAGCACGAUCCCAAUCACGCGCGAGGAGCCAGUUUGGUUGUGCAGAAUCACAGCGAUACGCAGAUAGUUAUAGUCGCUACGCACAUAUAUACAGAUAUAUAGAAAGAGGAGAGAGACUGGAUGAAGUGAAGCAAGAAUGGGAGCAGCGGGUUCGAAGCUGGAGAAAGCGCUGGGAGACCAAUUUCCUGAAGGCGAGCGGUAUUUUGGGCUGGAGAAUUUCGGCAACACUUGCUACUGCAAUAGCGUGCUUCAGGCGCUUUAUUUCUGUGUUCCAUUUCGUGAGCAGCUGCUGGAAUAUUAUUCCAAUAAUAAAACUCCUGCCGAUGCAGAAGAAAAUCUCUUAACAUGCCUAGCAGACUUGUUUUUGCAGAUAAGCUCACAAAAGAAAAAAACUGGUGUAAUUGCUCCAAAGCGCUUCGUACAGCGGCUGAAGAAGCAAAAUGAAAUCUUUCGCAGUUACAUGCACCAGGAUGCCCAUGAAUUCCUAAACUAUUUGCUUAAUGAAUUGGUUGACAUACUCGAGAAAGAGGCUCGAGCUACUAAGAGUGAUCAAGAAGCUCCCCAUAAGAUUGCAAACGGGCCGACUAAUAUAUCUUCCAACAGUCCUCAAAAGGAACCCGUGAUCACCUGGGUGCACAAGAAUUUUCAGGGUAUAUUGACAAACGAAACAAGGUGCUUAUGUUGCGAGACAGUUACUGCAAGGGAUGAAACAUUUCUCGACUUAAGCCUUGAUAUAGAACAGAACAGUUCAAUCACAAGCUGCCUGAAAAAUUUCAGCUCCACCGAAACUUUAAAUGCUGAAGACAAAUUCUUUUGCGACAAAUGCUGCAGCUUACAAGAAGCUCAAAAGAGAAUGAAAAUCAAAAGGCCUCCCCAAAUCUUGGUCAUCCAUCUGAAGAGGUUCAAGUACAUCGAGCAAUUGGGUCGGUACAAAAAGCUGUCUUACCGAGUCGUUUUCCCAAUCGAGCUAAAGCUCAGCAACACAGUUGAAGAUGCAGAUGCCGAAUAUUCUUUAUUUGCAGUGGUGGUUCAUGUCGGAAGUGGGCCCAACCACGGGCACUAUGUUAGUCUUGUGAAGAGCCACAAUCACUGGCUGUUCUUUGACGAUGAGAAUGUGGAGAUGAUAGAUGAGUCGGCAGUCCAGACAUUUUUUGGGUCGGCCCAAGAAUACUCGAGCAAUACGGAUCAUGGGUACAUCCUGUUUUACGAGAGGCUCGUGUGAUAUAUUUCUCAAAAAAUGCGCACGAGCCUUUGGUUUCCAAUUUUGACUGUAUUGCGUUAUUUUUUUUUCUUUUUUGGUUAAAAAAAAUGGUUUUUCUUGAUUUUCGCCUUUUUUUUUUUU